CCGUCCGUCGCGUGUGCGCGCAUGUAUUGCGGCGUUCGGCGAAUCUUUUCACAAGACAAUACUUGUUGCUCGGUACUGAACGGUGUUAGCUGUAGUGAUAUUCUCUCUUGAAUAUUUUCAAUUUUGCAUAACUAGUACACGAAAACCGCGUUGUUCUACUGUCUAUUACGGUGCUUCGUGACGUUCUUGUCUAUUUCUUUUGCUCGAAAGUAUAUUCAAAACAACGAAAUCAAAAUGUUUGAGGCACGAUUGGUACAGAGUUCGAUUUUGAAGAAGGUUUUGGACGCCGUCAAGGAUUUACUUACUGAGGCUACUUUCGAGUGCUCUGACUCUGGUAUUCAAGUACAGGCUAUGGAUAACGCCCACGUUUCUCUCGUUUCUCUUAACUUGAGAAGCGAUGGAUUUGAUAAAUACAGAUGCGACAGAAACUUAUCGAUGGGAAUGGGUAUACCAGUGAUGUCAAAAAUUUUGAAAUGCGCCGGCACGGAUGACACGGUCACUCUCAGAGCCAAUGACAAUCCUGACAAUAUAACUUUCAUAUUUGAAUCGCCAAAUAAAGAAAAAUUGGCAGAAUAUGAAAUGAAACUUAUCAACAUGGAUCAAGAACAUCUUGGAAUUCCUGAAACGGAGUAUGCAUGCGUUGUGAAAAUGCCGUCUCAGGAAUUUGCCAGAAUAUGCAGGGAUUUAAGCCAGUUUGGAGAAGCUAUCACGAUUGCUUGUACCAAGGAGGGAGUCAAGUUCACAGCCAGUGGAGACAGUGGAUCUGCGAACGUUAAAUUGGCCCAAACCGCCGAAUCGGAGAAGGAAGAAGAAGCCGUUGUAGUAGAGAUGCAAGAACCCGUAAAGCUGACUUUCUCCUGUCGUUAUCUCAACUGCUUCGUCAAAGCAACACCGCUCUGUGCUCAGGUCCAGUUGUCGAUGUCGAGCGAUGUCCCGCUCGUUUGCGAAUACAAAAUCGGCGAAAUCGGUCACAUAAGAUAUUACCUAGCGCCCAAGAUUGACGACGAAGAAGACAACUGAUUACCUCCAAAGUAUUCGCGUUAUAGUUUCGAAGCAUCAACAGCAAACCCAUCAAACAAUAUUCUAAGGCUAACGAUAACAUGUACAUUAUUCUCGAUAAGAUGAAAAUCCUUUAUUUUUCCACGCGUUAUUUAAAAAACCCAUCGGAAAACAUCCUUCGUCGUUGUUGGACGGGAUGGGAAAGGUAUUAUUCACGCUCGUUACUUCGUUCAUUCAUUUCGAUACUUUGAAGAUAAUAUAUUAUUAUUAUUCAAAUUUUACAUUUAAAAGUUAUUUGGCUCGUCACAGUUCUAGCGCAACGUAGAAUUGACACUAAAAUUCGUAGGAUGACAUGUUUACGAUUAUUAAGAAACGAUAUUUUUUCUGGUUUUUUUUCUGCCGUGUCCGUACACUAAUUUUACAUAUGCCAUCGUCUUGGUUUCUUCUUUUUUAUUUUUAAUAGAGCGAUUGCGUCUGUAAUGUGUAAGAAAAAGUAAUAGAUUUUUUAGAAAAAAAAGGAACAAACAUGUUUUGAUAAA